AAUAAGUUAUGUUUAUGUAAAAAUACCAUUAUUUAAGAUUAAUUUUAAGAAAACUAUAAAACAAUAAUAUGAAACGAAAUUAUGGAACAAUUUAUUUAAUAAAGUAAUUAGGAUGGGGAUUAAAAGGAGGUAUUAUUAUAAUUUUGUAGGACUUUGUGUUAUAAUAAUUCAAACAAAUUGUUCUGUUAAUGUUGUUGUUUUAGAUUCUUUGUAGAAUUUGAUGAAUUUUGGCCUUUAUCUCUUCGUUCACGAUGUUUAGAACUAGGGCCGGAUUCUACAAAAACCUUACCAAAUCACAAUACACAUUAGAUUAUAACUUGUUUCACUCUUUAGAUAGAUUUUUCACCUAUUCUGUACGCAAAUUUCCCAUUCUCAAUCAUAAUGUUUAGGGGUUUUUUUAAGAAGUAUUGGAAAAUGGCCCAAAUAUAAGUAUAAAAGGUCAGAUGAUUUCAGUAUUUCUGAGGCUCCAGAUGACUGUGUUGAGGUCACAUACUUGGGCCAUCGAACAGUAUUUAUACAAAUGGAAGGAGUUAGAUUUUUAACGGAUCCAGUUUUAUCAAAAAGACUUUUUUCAGGUGGUCUUGGAGUUAAGAGAACGAGUGGAAAUUGGUAUAAAUAUUGGAAGUUUCCUCCUGCUGACUUCUUACUACUAUCAAACAAUUCGUAUGAUUGUAUGGAUACUUGGACGAUGAGGAAAAUAAGUGACCAGGGAGGAGCACUGGCAAUUGGUGGCAUGAACAUAACGAAAUACCUCAACAUGUUUUACGAUAGAUAUACAUAUCCUCUAUCUUGGUUUGAGGAAGUAGACUUCGGUAGCGUAAAAAUAACAUUUUUGCCUGCCAAAUCGGAGACUAAACGGAAGUAUUUGAGUUGUGGAAUUGAUAGGAACAGAGUCCUUUGGGGAGGAUUUUUACUCAGGUCUGAUCACUCAACUAUAUUUUAUGCCGGGAAAACUGACUUUUCAGACCACUUUGAGAAGAUUGGGGAGUACCUGAGGGAUCUUAACUGUACAAUAGAUAUCGCAAUUUUACCCAUAGGGCCUGAAUUUAAGCGUAAAAUCAACAUGAGCCCUGAAGACGCAGUAAAUGUACAUUUAACACUUAAACCUAAGCACACAAUAGUAGUAGCUCAUGAUACAUUUCCACUGGGUAUUGAGGCUUUCGGAGAGUUAAAAUCGAGGCUUACAAAGCAUAUUGAAGGUGUAAAUAGGGAAAUUCUAGAUGAAUUUGUAAUUUUACAAGAAAAAGAAUCUUUCAGAUUUUCACCACUAAUUUGAUGCAAUUUU